CCUGCUUUUCACUUCUGUACUUCUGCACACCUUUGGGGUACGUUAGUCAUAGGAGGUAGAAGAGGUUUUCACAGGAAACUAUACAGAUGGCAACCUAAAUACAAGUUAACUGGGACAAUAACUGCUAUUGAAUAAAACAAACUUUAAACACAGCGAUAAGGAAAAGGUGAGGGGAGAGAGGGAGGUUACAGAACCAUGAAUGUCACACAGGAAUGCUUGGGGUUUUGAGUCUUUUUUUGUUGUUUUAUCCUGCUCAGGGCUGCCUCCAGAAGAGAAUCUCCAGGACUAGCAUCUUUAACCAAAACUUUUACUGAUCUGUUCACGCUGCAAAAAUCACACAAAAGCUGUAAGAUACAAAACAAAAGAUGCCGAGAAAGUCCUCCUUGUUCAUGAGAUCCUUGGUUGCCAAAAGGAGCAGAAAGCAGAAGAUGAAGGAGGUGCUAAAUGCAGACAUGAUCAGCAUGCCACUGGGGGAUUUCAGGCACCUGUCCCACAUCGGGAGGGAUGAAGACCCGUUUGGGGACCUCUCCUUCCUGCAGGGGAGUCACAAACUCCUGAAGAGCGCCCAGAGCGAGCACAACCUCCUCAUAGCCUGCAACCCCCCUCCUAAACCACCCCGGAUCCACAACGACAGGCCACAGUCCCCACACAGCGGCCAGCAGACAGAGCUGUCAUUCAGCACAAAGAAAUACUCUGUCUCCAUGUCAAUGCUGGACAAUCUGGACUCUGAGGAGUCCUGGCAGGAGGGUAUAGAGGACCAGGAGGAGAGCAGAGGACUGGCGCUCACUGACAGGGCAACAAAGCAAGACCCCAGCUUGGAGAAAGAUACCAAGAACAAGAGUCCUCACAACUCUGAGCCAGAUCUCUAUCCCUAUCCAGCAUUCCUGGAUCUCGGACCUUCCAUCUUGGAUGACGUUCUUCAAGUUAUGAACAAACAUGAAUGUAAAUAUUUGCUUCCAUCUGAUUGUGGGGGAAAUUUGAAAUAAAGUCCUCCUGUUUCUGCUAUCUGGGGUCAGCCUACUGUAGAUUUUUACAGUAAGGUUAAGUGAAGCUGUGCUGGUAUUGACUGUGGAUACAGUGGAGGGAAGUGGUGUCUAAGUGGUGCAGCUGAAGUUGUGGUGGUCUCAAUUAUUGUACCCUUUUAUAAUUUAGCACAAAAUAUGCUGAAACCAUUGAAUAACUUGUUUAAAAAGUGCUUCAAGAUUAUUUUGUGAAAUGAAGAAAUCUGACAAAAUAUAAAAGCUUUCAUCAUAUAAAGAAAACUUCUGGAAUACAUGUGCAAGCCUUCUUUAAACUUAGACACAUAACUGGAGGUCUUGAUGUGUUCUUUCUGUCUACAUUCAUUCCGAUAAAUCAAUCUUAGGAAUGUUUGUUUUACCAUUGAGUGAAAGUUUUAGAGCAGAGGGUUGAGUAGCACAUACACCGCCUCACAGGGUAAACAUGUUCUCUCACACAAGAUUCUACUAAUCAAUAGAGAAUAUCAGCACUUUUCACGUCCUCUUUUUAGUUCUGAGUGAAGUGCUUAGUAACUUCAGAAUGUAUAAGUAUGUGUCAAGCUAGGUGUGGUACUAAAAAAAAACAAACAAAAGUAAUACUAUAAGUGUUAAAAGUGUGUACUUCCCACACAGACACAGAAAGGUAUAGUACAAAUACACACACAAAAAGCUGUUUUAUCGAAUCCAAAAACGUCAUCAAAACGAUUAUAUAUGCCUAUUAGCUGCCCCCCCCCCACAAAAAAAACAAAACACUACUUCUAAAGAAAUAUUUAAAAAAGAAAGAAAAAAAGAUCAGAUAUUUAGAUCCUUUAGUGAUACUUUUCCAUUUCUAGAAAUCUAAACCACUUCUAAUGACAGAGAAGGACACCCUGUUAUAACAAUGUGUUAUAUUAGUUCAGUUGACAUGUUUGCUAAGAAUAAAGGACACAUUACAGGACACUUAAUGCACAUUGUUACGUCUUACAUUUUUAUGAAACCUGUAAAACCGGUUUUGGUACGGGGUAUUGUUUGCUAGGCAUAUCUGUGAAAAAGUUCACUCACCCCAAAUUCGCUUUACGAGAACCACUUCUCCUAGUAAAGGCUACCUACAUAGAACAACCAUGGUGACCACUGUGAAUGAACCACGGUAAAAUCACCUGUUUUAUUAUGAACAAGUCUGACUGAAUUGUCUUCACCGCGUUACAACACUACCACACAUUUGGCUUUGUGUGUGGCUGUUAAUACGACAGUAAGAUUCCUGUGUUGAAAAGUUGUACUCAAACCUUGGAAAUGAGUAAUAAAUUUAAAAAACAUAACGUCUGAUCAAAUCUGGUAAAUAUUUAAACUCAUUUCAGUACCCUCAAGGUAAAAUUCAGUUUGCAAAUUACAUUCUAAAGAUAGAUUACAUAAGUGUUGUGGUAUCUGAAGUUUCUACACAAUGGCGUCUGUGGUCCUGACUAUCCAGUGGUGAAAGAAGCAAUUUUCUCUCAACCAGAACACCACACAGACCCCUCUACCACGCAACACUCUGCUGACGUCCUUCUGCCAGAGGGCAGGAUAAAUAAACAGAUCGCUCUGCUUUCCAGAACCAAUGGAGAAAAGGGGGCAACUUGAUGGAGCUUGUUUGUUUAAAAUAAAACACUGUUGUUUUAGCUGUAAAUUUUAGCUCUUAACUCCGUUUCUGAUCCAAAAUAAGAAAUAACAAAAGAAACGCGACACUUCCACAUGUGCUCUCGCCAUUUUGUUUUGCAGUAGCUAUUCGUUAACACUGAUGAGCGUUUAAAUGCUACCUGCUGAACAAAUACUUGUGUUUCCCCACUAAGCUUAUAGCUCCCGGACAGACCAGCCAAAACAUACUGGCAUUAAUGGAUUAGGGAUUGGAUUUGUAUUAUUUUUAGUCUUCUUUCAAAACAUGGACCGAAAUGCAGGGAUUGUGUUUGUCUGUUAAACUAUAUGGGGAACACGGUAGGAAUCACAUCACUGACAGCAACCAGGCAAUCAAAAAGCAAACAGAAUGCUUGGGUAUAUAACCAAAAGUGCAGAGUACAUAUCCAAGAGGUUAUGAUGAGGUUGUAUAAUGCACUGGUGAGACCGCAUGUAAGAGUACUGCAUCCAAUUUGGCUCAGUCAUGAAAGAACACAUUGUUACAGCUAGGAUUCAAAGAUAUGAGACAUUUUUCUACAGCAUUUAAAAAAAAAAUAAUUCUAGAACAAGUACACCAUGAUAAAGUAAUGGUGUAAAGAAUUGGAAUCUCAGCCCACUGAAUUCAAUGGAAAAGGGUCGACAUGAGCUGCACACCAUAUGGUUCAAAGCUGAAUGUCUUACUAUUCAACGAAAGAGCAAGCUCUCUGUGUCUUAUGCUGCUGACAUCAGAAUUAUUACCUCAUCAGCAGCUAGGAGGAGAGCCAUUACAGCCUGUAUAGA